GGGCACAGACAGCCUGAGCAGUGCGGGGGUGUGCUGAAGGAGCACUCUGCGUCCAGGGAGAAUGUCAAGGAGCAAACAGCUACAGGACCUGCUGCUCAUUAAAGAACUGGAGGUCAUCUUGGAUUCCUGCCCUGUGGGGCUCACACCGGUGGAUGAAGUCUGGCCCAACCUGUACAUAGGAAAUGUGGCUGUAGCACAGAAUAAAAAGACAUUGCAUAAGCUUAGCAUCACUCAUGUGCUGAACGCAGCGCACUCCAAGCAGGGCAGCAUUGGUGACCAGAGUUUUUAUGGGAACACCUGCGUUUACUUUGGCAUCCCAGCGGAGGAUUCAGAGGACUUUGACCUCAGUCAGUACUUCAAACCUGCAGCUGACUUCAUACACAAAGCCCUGAUGAGCAAAGAUGGAAAAGUGCUGGUGCACUGCAUCAUGGGCGUGAGUAGAUCGGCCACUUUGGUCAUAGCGUACUUGAUGCUGUGGCAGCGUCUUACUCUGAGAGAUGCUCUGAAGCAUGUUGUCCAAAAACGAGCCAUUUACCCCAACCGGAACUUCCUGUCCCUCCUCCUCAAGCUGGAUGAACAGCUGACACGAAAGAGGAGGCUGUGUCCUAUUCUCUGACAGCCUUUGUUCCUCACUGCACCUUCAUUUGAUUAAUCAACACCUCUCCAUAUGUAGAACUCCACUCUAAUUGGUGAUCAGUGGUUUGUAAAUAUGAUGUGUAAUUAGAUUUUGUUUGAUGUGGUUGCAGGUGUAAGUCUGGAGUGACCUUUAUUUAUUUAUUUAUAUUUUCGAGGUUGUCUGCUGUCUUUCUACAGUCCAGCAGCAGCAGUGCUCACACUUAGCCUUUAUGUCAUGUUUCUCCUGGUUUGUUUUUCAUAUUUAAAUCAUUUUCAAAUGUUCUCUGUAAGUGUUAGGAGUCCUGCUCAUAAGCUUUGUAAGUACAGUUUUAUGAAACCCAUUAAGUUUUGUCAAAUCUCACUGAAAUUGUUUGGUCAGAUGGACACUGCCAUCUUAAAUAUGUUCAAAAAUAUGUAUAUCUGACUUCUAACAAGGUUUAACCUUGAACAGUUUUCCUGAUAAGACACAAAUAAGACUCAAAUAAAAUAAUUAGUUGUUUGUUUCAUUUUACUUUUUUUUUAAUUGCCAAGAGCUUACUUAAUAUUGCCUAAUCGAUCUGACAAAAACAGGCAUUUUUGAUUGCUGAGCUGUAUAUCUUAACAGUGCUCUGUUGGAUUGAGAUCUGGUGACUGUGGAGGCCAUUUGAAUUCAGUGAACUCAUUUAAAUGUUCAAAUUUAACAAAUUUGUAACAAGCAGCCAUCUGAAGAUGGUACAGUGUUGUCACAAAGGGAUGGACAUGGUCAGCAACCAUACUCAGGUCGACUGUGGUGUUUAAAUGAUGCUCAGCUGGUAUUAAAGGGCCCAAAGAGUAUCGAGAAAAUAUCUCUACAACCAUUCCACUAACAUCAGCCUGAAUGUCGCAGCAGAAAUCGAAAUUCAUCAGAACAGGUGAUGUUUUUCCAGUGUGCUGUUGCACAGUUUUGGUGAGUCUGUGCAAACUGUUCUUUUCUGACAGGAGCCACACUGGUGUGGUCUUCUGCUGCUGUAGCCCAAAGUUAAAUGUGAUAUACGUUCAGAGGUCCUCUUCUGCAUACAUUUGUUGUAACAAGUUGACCUUGACAAGUGGUUACAUGACUUUAUACUGCCUUCGUCUGGCUUCAAGAUGACCUUUUUAGAGAGAGUUAUGUGAGAAAAUCACAUUAGAUAAAUGGACUGGUUCUUAUGUAGUGCUUUUCUACUUCAACUGAGCACAAAACUUCAAAAAUUCAAUAAUGUGAAGUUAUACAACUUUACACUCAUUCAUACAAGCGCUUUUUUUUCCAAGCAAGUGCUUUUUAUCUAACAUUCAUGUACAUUCAUACUCUGUUGGAUGCAUCACAGAGCAACUUGGAUUAGUAUCUUGCCCAAGGAUAUUUGGCAUACGGGAUUUAACCACUAACUUUCCAUUCAGUAGAUGACCUGCUCUACCUCCUGAGCUACAGCCACCCGUAGAUCAGCAGUUUCAGCAAUAUUUAUGGUUGUUGGUGCCUGUCUGCUGCCAACAACAAUGCCACAUUCAAAGUCACUUAAACCGCCUUUCUUCCCCUUUCCGAUGGUUAGUUUGAACUUCAGCAGGUCACCUUCACCAUGUGUACAUGCCUGAAUGCAAUGACUAGGCGUCAUGUAAAUGACUUAUUAGAUAUUUGCAUUGACAAGCAAUUGAACAGGUGUACUGAACAAACUGGCCUGUGAGUAUGUAUUGAAAUGGAUGUAGCCAUGGUGACAUUUCUCACUGGUUCCUGUUUUAAAACUUUGAGUCAUGGUCACCUGCUUGUACCUAAUAAAGUGGCUGGUGUGUGUACAUAAACAGUUUUAAAAUGAUGGCAUCUUAUUUACUAAGAUUGGUCAUUAGUUAAACUCAGAAGCAUGAAAGGCAACUCUGAAGUGGCAGUUUAAAGGGUAAUUGAUUUGUCAGGGUGAGGUUGGUAGUAUCUGGACCAACUGGAGACCUAUUACCACUGUGGGUUUUGUGUCUGCACGCAGAGGAAACCUUGAGCAACAGGAAAGAGUUCAAGCAGGAAAUGGUUAAACAAACAAGAAAUAAAUUCGGCUUGAACAAAGCGGACAAAAGCGCUUCUGCUACCACACAAGCUGACAGAACAAACUGGUAGAGACUGGUAGAUAUAGUGCUGGGCCUUGAUUGGAUGAUAGUGUAGGUGUGCCAUCAGGUGUUUGCUCAGGAGUAAGAAGAGACCCAAAAGAUAAAAACAUUAUCAUUCUGACAGGGACCAGAAAGAAAAUAUAGGAUGAGGACUCCAAAAUAAAAGUGAGGUCAUGCCGACUGUUACUGUUGCACUAUUGCACCCCUAAGGUCAUGCAGUCUUCCUUUCUUUAAUUGGUUAUUUUAUAGUAAACAGCCUAAUUCAGUAUGAGCAGAUUAAAAGCAGCCAAAGCUAAUAAAUCACUGGUGAAUAUCAUCCACAUCUCUUAAAGGGACAGGGCAGCAGGCUUUACUCUGCAGCAGGGUAGCAACACAGACACAUGCAGAGGAGCCACGUGUUACAUAACAGUCCACAGUCAUCAUGGAAACAUGUGAGCUAAUGUUAAAGUUCACAGGAUAAGGCUCAGGGUUGCCCCAUGAGAAUGAAACAUCAGGUCUGCAUUCACCAUGAAUAAAAUGGGUUUUGAGUGCCUGAACAGUGAACACAGUAUGUUAGAUAACUUUGUCACUUUUGAGUGUAUGAUUACAGAGUUAUAAAAGGAAACAA